AUAAACAGGAAGUUUACAUAUGGUACUUCCCGCGCGAAAUAUGAUGAGCUAUGGCACCAGUCUCCCUGAAAUACGUCGUGUCCUUCACAUCACAGGACAACAACUACCCAGUCCAAAACCUGAUCAGCAAUGAUGGAUUCAAGAAAUGGCUAUCAAACCCAAAGGAAAAGUCUGGUCAGAUUGAAGCAGUCUUCCAACUAGAGCAGAGCUGUAAAAUAUCAUAUAUUGACAUAGGUCUGAUAUGGUGUGCCAUGCUGGAGAUACAGGUUGGUCGGUCAGACUGGCCGGUGGGUCAAGAUUACCAGACCUUACUCCAUACUGCCAGUAUCAUGAGCCCGGGGGACUGUAGGGGCAAUAUCAACACUGUCAGGACCAGGAUGUUUGGAAUAGAACAUUUCAAUGAAGUGGUUGCUAAGGAAACAUGGGACCGAAUACGUGUAAUCUGUCGCCAACCAUGGAGAAAGGAUGUCCAAUAUGGCAUCUCUUUCAUCAAGAUCAAGACCAACACUACAGCAACAGGCGAAGACCAGCAGGGAAGACCUCUCCAGUCUAUGACCCACAAAUCAGCUAAAUCUAUACAAAAACACUUCUUUGGCAAGAAAUCACCUGGUGAUAACAAAGAUGAGUUGGUGUCCCGUCUGUUAAAGAUUGCAGGAUCAUCAGAGGACGGGACUGAGAAAACAGAGUCACUCUCGCGCACUGCCAAACUUGUGAUUGCAGCCAAGGACACAGCAAUGAAGACCAUGUGCCCCACUGCACAGAGUGUAUCUCCCUCCAACCGACAGGCCCUUUACUCCGGUAGUCUGGUGUCCAAGUAUGGGCCAAAGCUUGAAGAAGAGAUAGCCGAUUUCUUAGCAUCUUAUGAAAUCAAUCCUAAAGACCUUGACAAAAUUACAAUCGCUGAUAUUCGACACAAGUUUGAGAAAACUAAGAAAAGAAAGCUGACCCCAGAGGAGAAGAAAAUCUUUAUAGAGUUGGCACGAGAAUACAUCUGUUUGAUGUUUGCUGAGGGGGACAUAAACAAGCACACUCCUCUCCAGCUAAAAGAGGUGGAUAAAAAGCAAGUCAACUCCGCGGUGAAACAUGACAAAAGCCAAGUUCAUGCUAAAAAAAGUAUUUUGACAGAUGCUAAAGGAAACCAUCCAGAAAAAUGUAAGACUACACCAAAAGGAGUGAAGAGUUCUACAGAUAAGAACAAAACUUUGGAAAAUAGUCCCCCCAAACACACACCCUCUAAACCAGGGAAGGCCUCCUGUAUCUCUGAACAGAAAAAGAACGAAGUGAAGAAUGCAGCUUUUGAGUUCAAGAAAAAUGGAUUCAGCUCACCUAGAACUAAUAGAAUGAGUAUGGAUUCAGAGAAAGAAAUCGCUGAUGAUAAUGAGAGGUUAAAGGUCAAAUUAGUCUCUAAUUUUGGACCAAGUUUUACCCAUAAAUCUCCCAAAGGUCCUAACAAACAGAAAACUAUAAACAGUUAUCACCCUUCGUCACCAUCCACAAAUAAUACCUGGCUAUCAGCAACGUCACCUACAUCUACACCUCCUGUCAGCCCCGGGGCCCAGGGCAGGAAGAGGUCCCUCAGUGGGGCUGGACCCAGGGCAAAGAUUCCCCGAACAGAGGAGGAGGUUUACACCCCUACCCAGGGUCGUAAGGCAGGACAUUGCCGUGGAAGAGGCAAACGGGGCAGUGCCAACUCAAGGGAAAUAACUCCUACAUCUUUUGAGCGCUGUGCCGUAUGUCAUGAAUCUGUCCCGGAGGACCAGGUGGUUUCUCACACCCUUGUGUGUAGGGGCUCUGAUCUGGACUUCUGUGACACACCACAUUACCAGGGGGAGUCCUCAGGCAAAGACGGUUCACAGAGUAACCAGGAAGGAUUUCCGGGCAUGGGCAAUAUCCUAGGCAAUGGUAUUGAAAUGACUAGUCCAAUGAGUGGGUUAUACCCAGACGUAUAUAUUCCCUCAAACAGAGGUCCUAGUGUCUCCGAGUUCUCGGACCAAUACGUGGAGUGUCCACUCUGUAACGAGUUUUUCCGGCAGUGUGUGGUGGAGAGACAUGCUGCUACCUGUGGUACGUGAUAUAACCCUCUAUAGUUGAAAUAAGACAUCAGAAUUAAUACUUACAGUGCAUGUUUGUGACUUACAGACAAUGUGGAAAUCUAGCAGGCAUUGAAGUCCAGCAGGUGCAGAACAUUUACAUCACCACCUUUGUGCAUAUAUGUGACUUACCAACACUAAUACUGAAAAAUUUCAAGCACAGGACAUCCAUAUCACCACCUGAAAAUGUGUGUGGAAGUCCAUUCUCUAGAGCAGAACAUGAAAUAAUAACCUGAAAUAUUUUUUAGCUCACAUGAUUCUUCUUUCGUUGUGUCAUGCGAUGUGUGUCCUUCGUCGUUCAUUAACAAUUAACAUUUGUGACUUCUUGAAAACCACUGAACUCAUUGAAUUCAAGCUUGGUACAACUGUUCCUUAUAAUGUCCCAACCAAGUGUUCUUAUUUUUCAUGCCAAUGUGAAAAUCUAAGAUGUCCCCCUAGCGUCCGAUUGGCCGAGAUAUUUUCAAUUAUUUUUUUUAAGAGCGGCUACACCGAAUUUGGUACAAAUGUAUGAGGUCCCCAACAAGUGUACAUGUGUACCUACUUUUAGUGCCAUUUCGAAAAUGAAAUAUUACUGCUCUAGCCUCUGACUGGUCAAGACAUUUGUUCUUCUUCUCAGGAACGGCUGCACUGUGAUUCCAAACUUGGUACAGGUGUUCCUUGUGAGGUCCCCAACGAGGCUUCCUACUUUUCUUGCUGACCUGAAAAUCAAAGAUGGCCAAUAUGGCCUCUGUUUGGUUGAAACAUUUUCAAUUUGAGUUCAAGUGAGAAGAAAGGCUUGUUACUUUUCUUUUAGAUAAAAGUAAAUAUUUUGUCUUAUUUUAUUUAAAUUUUAUUUGAAUGAAUUCAUGUUUCAUUUCAGAGAGAUAUAGUUGAAGAGCUAGUGAAAUGCUUUUAUUUAGAAUAGUGAAAUGCUCUAUAUAUGACUUAUGAAUAGCUCUAUAUAUGACUUAUGAAUAGCUUCAUAUAUGACUUAUGAAUAGCUCUAUAUAUGACUUAUGAAUAGCUCUAUAUAUGACUUUUGAAUAGCUCUAUAUAUGACUUAUGAAUAGCUCUAAGUACGACCACUGAGAAGAUUUAAAUACGACUACUGAAGGAUUUAAAUACGACCACUGAGAAGAUUUAAAUACGACCACUGAGAAGAUUUAAAUACGACUACCGAGCAAGAUGCUCUUAACAUGUCUGACUUACGAACUUUUCUAUCUACACCUGUGAUAGCAGCUGAGGAUUUUUAGCUCACCUGGUCCGAAGGACCAAGGUGAGCUUAUGCCAUCCCGUGGCGUCCGUCGUCCGUACGUCCGUACAUCACCAAUUUCUUUAAACGACUUCUUCUCCUUAACCACCGGUUGGAAUUAAACUUAAUUUGACUGGAAGCAUCCCUAGGUGGUAGGGAUUCAAAAUUUUAUAAAUGGUGGGGCUGACCCCCCAGGGG